CUCCAUUCGCCCUACUUUCUCUCCCUCCAGUUUCCCUUCAGUUUGCACGAGCCCAAUCAUGGCACGAGCAGCAUUUCACCAGGCACAGGCACAGGUAGUCGUAGGCCUUCUCAUCCUAGUAGUACUCGCUACGACCCUGCCGUCGUCUCAUGCCCAGAGCUCGUAUCUCGUCAUCCGAGCCAAGCAGCUCCGAACCGCCGCCGACUCGUACACGGCCGAUCUCAAGGCCGCGCAAGCCGCCGCUGAGAAACGCGCCCAGGAAGAAGCAGAUGCCGCCUCCGCGGUCGCCGCUAUCGAGAACGACAAUACCGCGGAUAAUCUCCGCGCCAUGCUGGAUGAUAUGAAGUCCGCCAUGGACGCCGCGAAAUACGAUCUCGACGACGCGACCAAGAUGCUUUCUCUCCGCAAGCAGAUCUACGUCCAAGCUCAGGCCGAUCCGUCCUCCCAUCCCGAGCUCCCCGCCGCCGCGAAAGCCGUCAGCGACGCGUCGCGUCGAGUGAAGUUGACUGCGGCGCUUCUCGACGAAUGGCACAACGUGGUCUCCGACGCCGCGGCGGCGAUUAAGGAGGCCUUGCAAGCGUACAACCAGGACCCCACGCCGAUAAAUAAGGCGGCAGUUGCGGAGGCAGAGACCGUUAAAUCUUCCGUCGAAGAGGUGCUUCCGGAUAUUCAGGCCCAGGCGGACCGCGCAAAGGCGAAGCUGGCCCGUGCGCAGGAGAGCUACAGCAAGCUCAUGAUCCUGGGGCCUCAGAGCGUGGAUGUUUUCAAGACGGCCGUUGACGACGCGAAGGCGGACGUCGCACUGGCGCAGAAUGCGUACGACGGCGCCACGGCGACGUAUGGCGACGCCGUUGCGGCGCUGGACGAGUUUAUGAUGAAGCAGGUCAAGGCGCUGGCGACGGCCAAGGCGACGCUGGCGACGGCGAAGGCGAACCGCGCCGUGGCGGAUAGGCGCGUGGCGCAGCUGGCGGAUCGCGCGAAGGUGGGGGUUGCGCGCGCCGCGGAGGCGGAAAAGGCGGUGCUGGAUGCGGGGCUCAAGCUGUGAGGAACGAAAUUGCAGGAAAAAAAAAAGGCGAUUUGGGCUGAAAAUAAGAGACUUGCAGGGCGAGUGGUGGCGGGUUCCGCGACUGAGAGUGGAAGCGAGUUUCCGUUCUCAAAUGCAAAUAAAAGGCGUUGAAUUGAAUGCCUCGCCCAGCCCCCGCGCCUGCUCCUGGCAUGGUGAUGAGUUGUUGAAUGGCUGUUGAUUAUUCCUGAAUGGUUCAGUAAUACAUUUGGCCCUCAUGUAUUUUCUGUCUAAGUCCGUGUCCCCAUGUCCCACGUGCGCAGAUAAUUGAGCUUGCCGAUGUUUCAUAAUCCCAUUCUACAUGUCUAUUACAAUGGCGAGA